CCUCCCCAAAUCUAAUGCACCAGAAAAAAUGGCUGCCAUCCAGUUAAAAGGUCCAGUUAUGCAUUUUUUGCCAUCCCAUAAUACUCAAAGUGUGGACACACAGACAGAGCCAGGCAUCAACCAGACUUCUAUGGCCAUACAGACACUCCCCUCAUUGAACAGAUAUCAGCCACAUUUACAGACUCCUAUUCCAGGAGGCACAAAUUCUGCCAUAUUAUCACCUCACAGGGGCCUGGCCUCAGGCCAGCAUACUCUCUAUGCCGCGAACUUCAGGACUGCUACGGCCACGCAAACGAGAGACAGACGAGAGGUCAGCACUGAGACCCAGACACUGACCAAGAGGAGCUGGCAGGUGGCGGGAACACAAACUGCAGGGGACUAUAUAGUGAGAGAGGCAAUGAAGGCUGCCCAUAUACCUGCUGUUAAGAUAUCUAAGGGGUCACAGGUCUCCCCGAAAUCAGCGGCCCGUGGACCAUCCCCGAACUUCAAACAUGUCAACCAAACAUCACGAAGAAGGAAAAAUAGACCAAGAAGGUCGUCUGCUCCAUACACGAUCACGUGCCAACAAACACAAAACAAAACCCUUUCCAGGGACUCCAACACUGCAACAGCAUCUAAGCAAGGAACUCCACAUGAAACAGCUGUAGGGAGCACUAGGUCUGAGUUGAUUGGUCAGAGAGGGCCCCAUUCCAGCAUGGUUAAUACUGUUACCAUGGCAACACGUAAUACUGCUACUGUGGACAGUGGAACAACUAUGGAUGAUUUGCCUUGGAACUCUGCAUGCAGCACAGAUUUGGCAUCUGCUAGUGCUGUGAAGACUUCAACAGGCCUGGCAUCAUCAUCGUCUGGGGUCUUUGUGCACCGUAGGCCACGCAGGAGCAACAGAACUUUAGCCCACACUCUACCGCAGCCACUAUCUCUGACAGAUUUCACAGAGAGUGGCACACAGACCUCAGCUUUGCUGGAAGAGCUGGAGAAAUUAGCGGAAAGCAUUGCCACACAGACUCAGUCAAGUUUUCUUAACACCCAGCACUUUGGUGAAACUCAAAGUUCAGAGACACAGACUGCCAUUUCUACGUUAGAUAGAGAGAUCAGUCCAGAUAGGAUUAUCCGUGAGAGGCUAACCCCUGGUUCUGGACUGAAUAUAAAUGCAAAUAUUCUUUAUGGACACAAACAGAACAAUGCAAAUCAGAGUGAAAAUCCUCUAAUUUCUGUUUCACCAACAACAGGGCCUAUGAUUGUGGGUUGUCCUGGGAUUAGAGAAAACCAAGAAGAUGAAAUGGGUAACCCUGAUGUGACAGAAAUGGGAACAAGUACCAGGACCUUUGGGUUCACUCACAUGGAGACCCAGACAGUAGAAAAUCCUCUCUUGGGGGCUAUGUUCAGUGACUCAGGCGUCCAAACAGCAGAUGAUUUCAUGAACAUGGAGACUCAGACGGUCAAUGACUUGGUGGAUGAGUUCCUCAGCUGCAUGGGCACACAGACAGAUGACAUAUUGUUUCCUGAUCUGUCAUUGGCUGACAUACAGACCCAGACUGAGGCUCCAGAUGACAGUGCCACAGUGUCGUCUGCUUUCUCUCAGUCAAGCAGCAUCACUGGACUUGAAAUACACUCACAUCAAAGACACCUGUCCAUGAAUAUCUCUACCACCUCUAGAGCCAUGGAUUGUCAAACGCAGACAACAGAGGCUCCACCUAGUGGCAACAUCCUGUCUAAUAUUGAAAUUCAGACCAGUUUGCACUCAUUGCCCUCUUCUGCUGAGCUUACUCAGUCAUCAGAGAUUGAGACACAAACCAGAUUCUCUGCAAGCAUAGACUGUCAUACACAGACUAUGAUGGACAGGGAUUUGCAGUCCUUGUUAGAAGAAUUGGAAGAAAAAAGUGUUUAGCUGAAUGGAGUCAUCUUAUUAAAGAGACACCAAAAAAAGAAUUUACAAAAUACUUUUUGUGGUCCAUGUUUUCACACUGUUUCAUUUGUAAAAAAUGUUUUGUUCAUAAUUUUUUUUCUGUUCAUGAAACAGUCAAAAAUCACUGUAAUUUAUUCUUCAUCUCAUAAAUGACUGUUGUUUCUGUUGAACUUUUUUAUCAAUCUGGCAAACCAGUGCUGAUGAGAAUCUAACUUCCUCUGUUGAAAGAGAUAAUAAUCAUUGCUGAACUUGGAAUAAUUGAUUCAUUCAAAACAGAGUACCAUAAGUUCAGUGAACAGUAUGUGGAGACAGUACAUUGGUUCACAUAAAAGUUAGAUUAAAUCUUGAUGAAGCAUUUUGCAUUAAGCAAAGAAGAUUGUUCAUGUUUGAUGCAAGUUGGUUUCACUUUUGAGUUUUAUUCUAUUUUUCAAUUAAUGCAAAGUUUCACAAAAAUGGAACUUGAAAAGGUUGGGAGUCCAACCUUCCAAAUCUAAUCGCCAAUUUUGUUAUGUGUUUGAUUACAAUAAAGUUGAUUUAAUUAUGUGA